AUGAUAAUCGAACUGUCCGCGUUCAGUGAUAAACUGCGCCAGUAUAGGCUCAUCCUGCAGAAGCUAACGUCCGACCAGCAGAACUACCAGCGGCGCCGGGAACGACUAAGCAAACUCAGCCAACGACGGCGUUCAUCGCGAAAGCCCGAUGCGGCAGAGUGUUACAUGUGUAACGCAAACGUAGAGCUCGAAAGCACGGACAGCUUCGCAACAUGCCGUGGUUGCGAAAGAAUGGUCUGCCGCGGAGAGAACUGCAGCCAGUGGGUGGAAUCGAUCGGCAUCUGGGAGUGCACCGGGUGUCAGUCGAACCGCGUCAUCCAGCAGAAGGCCGGCGAAUGGCUGCUGAACCAGUUGACCGCCCGGUUGAAACAGCCCGGCCCGGUAGAGCUGACGGAUGGCAACCUGCUCGGCCUCGGUUUGGACUCCGAUGAUGCGCGCAGUACGGUCAGCUCGUCGACGGUGUCCGCCAACCAGCGGAUCAAGGUGCGGGAAUUCAUCGAGGAACUACUCUCCGGCAUGCUGCAUGGCUCGCUGGACGAUGUGUCCGUCGGGCAGCUAUCCAAACACGAAAGCUAUAUUAGACUUUUUCGCAAGUUCCACACACGUUUGAGCAGGUGUCUGUACAAUCUUGAACUAUCGAUUCAUCACUCACUCAUGGCGGAUCUACCACUAUGGGAAGGUCAACAGCAGCAUCACAGCCCGAGCGAUCAGCACUUCGAGCUGAAGCAGCUCGUGCAGAAAAUCCUGGAGGAGAUCGGCAAACUGCCGGAGCUGCUGAACCAAAGUGGACUUCCGCUGCGGCCGGAAGAGCAUUUGCCGUACUUCGAUCCGCGGAAGUACGAGCAACUGUUGGCCACAGCGGUACUCAAUAAGGUGGUGGACGACUAUCGGAAUCCGAAAAAUUUCGCUAACGUCGGCGCUGGCGACGUGGCAGGUAAAUCGGGCGAACUCGGCAGCACGUUCGACAUCAACCACAACAAGCUACCGGAAGGAGCUGCCGGGCCCCGCGGCUUGCUUAACGAAGAGUCCCUCAGGCAGAUGUCGGUAGUGGCCGACGAAAACCAUCAGCACGAGGCCAUUCUGAACGGUGCCACGACCGAUCGCCGGCUAUCCGACACCGACGAGUCCUACCUGAGUGACUACAUCCAGCGCCACAAGGUUCCGCUGCCCGAUCUGUCCGACACGACCGGCUCGGGUUCUGGGGCCGAGGACGACGAUCUGCAGUCGCUGAAGUCGAACGCCACCGAUGGUACGUGGGAAGAGAACUGGCUGUUCCGCAAACGUCAACUGAAAACCACAGAAUCCUCCAUCGCCAUGCUCGUCCCGUCGCCGACGGAAGAGGUGAAAGCGCUGAUUGGGGACAAGAAUGCCGACGAGAUUAGCGACCUGUCGGAGGCGGGCUCCGACUGUGAAGGAUACGAAUCGGAUGGCAACGUGAAGGCACACGAUUCAAGCGAAGGAAGACAACCGCCCGUGGUGGAUCCAACCAGCGGCAGCAGCAAAGAAACGAGCGAAGGUAUAUCGUCCUCGUCGAGAGCGAACGAUUCGCUGGACGAACAGCUGGCUCCGGACAGUCUGGUGUCGAUCAACUCUUUGCCGGGUAAUGAGGCCGUCCUUUCGGAAGCCAAAAACGAUCAGCUGUUGGAGGAUCAAGUGACUCCGGUGGUCACAGGUGGGAAUGGUGUCGUGGAACCGCUGCUGGUUGACGAUCUGAUCAGCAUAGAACCGAUCGCCGAGAAGGUGGAAACAAAGAACCCAACCUUGACCAAUCCAUUCCUGGACGAUCCGUUCGAGACGAACAACAACGUAAUAACGGACGAUGUGAAGUUACUGCAGCGCACCGAUUACAGACAAUCGACCAGCGACACCCGUUCCUUUCUCGAACCCAGCAGCAACGGUUCCAACAACCGAAAAGAAAUCCCAAUAGAUCGAGCCUCAAUGCUGUUGCUUCAAUCGCUCACACCGCCAAGAUCGCCGGUGCCACAGAUCUUAUCGCCCCACCCGAUCAUGAUGACCAUCACGGACGUGUUCGAUCGUAUGGCCAGCUCUCCGCUGGCCUCCAUCUGUGAGGAGCUUCCACCGAUGGCAAUGCUGGACGACGGAGAAGAUUCCGUGGGAUCUCCACCCGAAAUUGACACCCCGUUGGGGCGCAUCGUGGAAGAAGAACGAUCGUUCAAUCCCUUCCAGUCGAUCGAUGACCAUGAGUCGAUACAAUCGGUGCACACAGCGAAGGGAGACAUGUGGUCCCGUUCGAAUAGUUUUCAAGUGGAUCAGGACAACAGCGAGUACCGGACGGUGUCUGAAGUGACCAACAACAGUCUCACCAUGAUGGAUUCCUUCGAUGAAGAUGAAAGCAAUCUGCAGAUUGAAGACGAUGAAGCUCCCCCUGAAGACGCUCCUUCUCCGCAUUCAGCUCCCAGUGUCGCGAUCUAUCUGCGUGACCAGGAAGAGGUAGAAUUCUCUGGACAGCCAGACUCACUAGAAGACGCUAAGCUAACCCCAACACCGGAUUACGAUCCGUUCGAGAGGGACGCAGGAAGUUCAUCACGAAUAACAAUGCACCCCGAUCUGGUUACGUUCGAAAACGUUCCCAGUCCGGAAGGACCUUCAAAAAUAGCGAUCGUGACGCAGCAGAUGAGAGCGUACUGUGAGGAGUUGAAGGGUAUUCUCCAUCCGGAGGACGUGAUCGAACUCGAUCCGGAAGAUCCGACAGAACAAUGGGAAAUCGUUGAGGCACCGAAUGAACCUGCCGAUACUGCCCCACAGGCCACUGCGUCCUGGGACGGUUCGACGCCCGGUGAAACGGUGGACCCGACUCCAAUCAUUCUCAAACCCGUAACAGAGUACAGUAACAUCGAGCACGUUCAGGAAGCGGUUCCCAUGGAAGAGCAAACGCAGGCCCUGCCUGAAACCAGGAUGGACAUGGAGACCUACCCGAGGGCUUUGCACGUUUCCUCUCCGGAACCUUCGCAUCAUACCGUCGGCAUAGGGAGCGGGGCGACGACCGAAGAACCACCAGCGAUGACGACGUCUCCCUCAACCGCCGACGAGCCCGAGCUGAUGCUGGCUUCAAUCGAGUCCCAAUCGGAGUCAAAGAUCGAGGACACCAGCAUGCCGUUUAGUGACACAGAGCUUCCCUCACUUUCAUCACCACUUCUCACCACGUCUUCUUCCGCCAUUAACACCUGCAUGCCAACUAACUUCACGGACCAAACACAAGCCUGCACCAGCCCAAACACUGACACUAACCCCUCGAAUGGCGAUUGCGCCGAGAACCAAGUCUCUCAAGCUCCCGAAGCCGGGAAACCGACCCAAACCGAUUCCCUCCUGCUUGGCCGCAAUCUCGAAGAAGCAACACCCAAAAAGGACAGCUCGCUCCUGCCUGAAACAGCACCGACAGCUCAGGAUGCGGGUCAACAGCAGAAAAGUCCCAAAGGCAACUACCUCAGCGCGGUGGCGCGUGAAAUAUUUCUCCUACCACUGGAGCCGGAAUCGGAAAUGAGGUCCCUGUUGAGCUCGUCAUCCGAGCAGAGUGUCACCUCGCCCCGGCAGGACUUCGACAGCCUCACGUACAGUGAAGACUCGGACGUGACACGUAUUUACGAUCUGACGACGGGCGAGGCAAAAGUAAUCCGCUCCGGAGUCGUACAGGCACUCCCCCGGGACCCGGGCCCCCCGGAACCGGAGGGUAGUGAAGAGGGCGAUACCAUUCUUAGGAUACUGCCUCAACAGCAACCGGCCCCUAGUCAAACACCGGACACCGACUCCCAAACGGCACCACGGGAUCCCCCACCACAGGAAGAGAGAACGUUCCUUCGGCCAGUCCAGAUGGUGGUGAAACCCCUAUCACCGGAAACGAUCAAGUUCUUCGCCCCCAAGCGGAAGCUCAGCUUCACCGGUAGCAACAACAACCUGCCGGCGAGUGCAACCGAGAGUGCACCGAACGCGAUGCACUCGUCACUGCACAUCGAAUUUCCCGCCUCACGGACCCCGUGCGGAAGUGAGUUCUCCAUCAUCGAAAAGGACGUGAUUGACGUGCUGCCGUCGGUGAAGGAACUGGCCAAGUGCUACAGCGGAAGUACGAGCGACGUGUCGUCACUACCGCCUAAACCUCUGUACAAGCCUCGAAUCAAACUUAGAAAGGACUUUCUGCGCCAGUCUUCGGAUAUGCUGAGCGAAGAGACCGUCACGAUCGACGAGAUGACGGGUAUGCCGUGCACGAAAGGCCAGCGACAGUACUGCAGCACCAGCAGCAUAGCGGUUCGGGAUGAGAUCCGCGAGAUUCGCAAGAUCAACCUGGAAGCGUACCGGCAGUCGACCUACUACCCGAUGGCACCCGGCCACAGCAUAACGGCCCGCAGCCUCUCCAAGCAGAUCCGUGAGCAUAAGACUAACGUUACCGAUGACCACAAGGUGGGCCAGCAGGAGGAGGUGGUGGAACCGACCGGUAACGAUGGUGACAAUGGCCACACAUCGCCGGAGCGGCCCAGCAGUCCCGUUCUUCUGCCGGGCCAUCUCAAGAGUAGUAUUGAGUUUUUCGAGAGCCUCAAGAACAACCAGUGAACCCGAUGGACCGGAACCGUACCGGCGUACCGGCAGUGCAGGAAAAGAGGGAAAGCAAAAGCGAGCGAGAAGAAGUCGUUGUGCCAUUUUAGUGUGAAGUGCGUGUCCCCAAAUUGCAACCAAAUUGCAGGCAUCAUUCAUAGUCAUUAUUUUCAAACCACCCUUUCCGCCCGGUGGUGAUCACGUGACCAUCACCCAACGGAUUAACUUAUUUUUUCAGCAUCGCUUAAGGUUUGACGUCAUUCUUUCUACACGUCGAGAUUACUCAUUUAUAGUCCACCGGCCGGCCGUAACGGCGGUCCGCCCGUCUUACGGUUUGCUUUGGCUCAUUAUGCUUUACGUUUCCUCAUCCCAUUUUAUUUCGCUUCGU